AUGUCAUCCUCUUCUCGAAACUCUCUACCCAUCUCUCGGACGAACACUGGUCUCUCUCACUCCAGUAGUAUGCAAACGCUCUCCAGCAGCAGCAUACACGAUACACCGAGGGAACACACGACUACUUUAUCGCACAAGCUCCUUAACAUGUUCAGCUCUCAACCUCAUGCUGUCUUUCAGGCUACCGUCACAAUACACGAGCUUGCCAAUGUUCCACAACUCGCUGGACAGUUCACAGUAGACUGGAAGUUUAGAGGUCAUAAGCCGAAAGCUAAGGAUCUGCUCGCCACGAAGAGUCGAGUGCAUAGUAAACCGUCCCUCCCCAACUUGAAGCUCUCUACCAUCUCCUCAUCAUCCGCGUCUUCCCUUUCCGUCAAUAGCAUUUCCACUUCCACCUCGGCGACGACCACCCCGGGCUCUCCCUUACCUCCCGCUCACUCCACCUCCCCUCAUCUGCCUUCAACCACAGGCCGACUGCCCCCUCAUCCUUCCAAAUCCCUAUCACUGCCACCUCAUGCCACAUCAUCCAAGUCGGUUCACCUCCCUUCCCCGCUGCACAAUUCUGCUACCCCGACCACCGUGACAGGAAGGACCGUCGAGAAAAAGGCCUCGGAUCCAACACCGCUGAGGAACAGCAUCACGCCUCCUCCCUCGUCCUCGGGGCCUGUCUUCGUCCAAUCUCCCACCGUCCUUGACGAGCCCAAAGAGGAUCCUGAACUGCUCAACCAGAAACCGAGGAAUGGAUCUCUCAGCAGCGAAGGCUCUUCCCCUGGAAGCACAGGGACAGGUAGCUCUGGUCCCAGAUCACCCGCUCAGCGGAUAGCGGCGAGUCUACAGAUACCAGUCGUGAACGCUUCGAACACUUCUCCACCUUCUUCGUCACCUCUCUCAGGUCGUCAAAGUCGUCCUUCCUCAGCCUUGUCCACGGCAUCUUCUCGCCUCGCAGCUUCGUCUUCUGGUGUUGCAUCUCCUGGUGCACGUUCAGGUAGCACACCCACAGUCGCGGCUCUCGUGGAACCGCUGCCAUCGAGUAGCAUGCCGCCGCCGCCCGUACCAGGACACAGACGCGUGUCUCAGCGAUCCACAACAGAGUCGUCAGUCACAUGCGGAGACUCGCCUCUUGACUCAACGCGUAGACGCACGAGCUCUGGUCCAGCGUCAAACACAAAGCAGCAAAAUUCCUUAGGCUCUUCAUCUCAUCGCAAAGGAGAAACCCCGGCCCAAAUUCUGAAAUCCCAUACCUGUACUUGGGAUUAUGAGGUGGAGCAUACACUCCGCAUCCCUCUCACGAAGUCCGCCAUUGGAUCCUCCAGCUCUUCUCUCAAGCUCGGGCAUGCCCAGAGUCGCGCGCCGGUUCUCGGAGCAGGACCCAUGUCAGAAUCGGGGAUGCGACUGGUGAUCUAUCAAAUGCCAACGGCCUUCGCGACGAGUGGGGCGCAUGCCAAUGGGGCAAAAGACACGCUCACAUCUGCGUUGCAUGCCGCUCACGUCGCGAAUCAUCAAGGGGAUGGUAAACAUGGUAACCCUAGUGAGGGGAGACAAGGAUCCCAAGCGGAGACACUCAAAACUGCUUUUGGAAUGGUUGAUUUCGAUCUCGCACCGUUUGCUGGCAAGGGACCUACGACCAGAAGGUUUCUUCUGCGGGGAAGCAGGACCAAUGCGACGAUCAAGGUCUCUGUCGAAAUGAAGUGGCUGGCAGGAGAGGAACGAUUCGUCCCUCCGCCCCUGCAGGAAGGUCAUCAUGUCACGGCCAUCUCAGAUAUUGUGGCGCACGAUGCUGAAGAUCGUAUACGAACAGACCUCGACCUUGCGAAAACCCCUUCAAACUCGUCUUCAGCUUCUUCAUUUGUCUCCGCACGUACCCCCUCCAACUCUUCGUCCGUUGAGGGUUCACGUCAACUUUCUCACGUCGAUUUGACCGAAACCGCAUCGUCCGCCCCUCCCUCCAAGCAUUACGGAGGACUCCUGCAAGCGGCUGACGCGGAACGCCGCGAAGUGAGCGGCGGUAGCAGUCACCAUCACCAUCAUCACCAUCCUCAUCGACAGUCGUCAAAGACUUCAUCCCGGAGCUCAUCCUACAAUCCGAGCCCUGCCGACUCGUCUACACACGUGCCCAAAGCCACGUCAUCGUCCGUGGCUCUCGAUGUGCCAUCUCACGCCAAUCGCUUCCCCUCGACCGCUCAACGUCACCAUCACCACCGUCAUCAUCAUCACCAUAUCCGUGAUCGACCGUUUGUCCCACGAGACAAGAUUGAGCAUUUCCCUGCGGAAUUCAUCAUUGAAGCUAUCUUCAAUCCUACCGCUGCCAAGGAAGAAACGCCUUUCACCUAUGUCCCAGUGGAACAACAAGGAUUGAAUCUCGAAGGCGGACUGGCAACAUUGCACAAAGUCAUUGCUUCCGCCGCUGCACGUGAAGAGACGGAUGGGGGUUCCAUCACGACAGAAGAUUCGAACAAUCGAGACGGCGACGGGGAUAAUGGCGCGUGUGGCAAAGGUGCGGGUAGAGAUAAGCUCGGCUGGGGAGAGAGGAUGAGACAGCGAAGGGAAAGGAAGGCGAGUCGAAAACUGAGUAGGACAGGGUCGACGCCUCCUAUUGCCGUGGACUAG